AUGUCUGAGGCCGGCCGACAGGGCAAGACUUUCGCCUUCAUCGACUCUAGCAAAGUCGACCGCCUCUCACAAAGAUUAGUGCGCAGUCAUGCGAUGAAGGGUAAGAAUGCAGGGAAAAGGCAUCAUCGGCGAUCGAGACUGGACUUGAACCGACACCAGCUGAUUGCAAAGACGCUCUCGUACAACUCUGGCUCAGUCACACUCAACCACUGGCCUGCACCGUCGCAUUCGGUGUCAUUUCCGAUCAAGACUACAUUACAGAGCCGGGACACCAUCAACAAAUUCUUCGCGUACGUCACAGAAGCCUUGCUUCCUCCACAGAUAUGUUGCUCGUUGGAUAAAGUCACCUCCUUCUGGUGGCGUUUCCUGUUUGCCGAUCAAACAGCACACCACUGUACUCUGGCUCUUCUGGCCACGCUCAAUGACUUCUUCUUUGGCAGUAUAAUCGUGUCACACGAAGCCCUCUACCACCUUACUCGAGCAGUCAGCUUGGUCAACGAGGAUCUCAAAACUACGAAAGCCUUAUCGAGCUCCACGCUUACAGUGGUCAACUUCCUGGUCGUGCAUGAGAUAGUUCGGGAGUCUAAAAUUGAAGCGGAAAUCCACUUGGAAGGACUUCGGAAAAUGGUCAGUCUGCGUGGAGGCUUGGCCAACCUCGAGGCAAGUGAAGAUGCUCUGCUGGUUUUGAAAUUCUGCAGGACCGAUCUCGAUUGUGCUCUCAGUUAUGGAACGACACCGUGUUUCUAUCGAGACCGCAUGUCGGACGUAGUAUGGUAUUUGGCCGCGCAGGGCUUCCCAAUCAGUCAACCCUCCAUUGACUCAAAUCCAUGGUUCAAUGAAUUGAGUACUACUCUCCAGCAGCUAGUCAUCGAAGUUACAUGCAUCGGACACUCGUUCAACAUGGGGUACAAAUUGGAUCCGUACAUGUUUCAAGAAUUCAUCGUCUCACUCGGAUAUCGCCUCGUUCGUUUUCAUCCCAUAGGCGGUCCCGAGCCUCAACUUGAGAAUAAGGUGGACCGGGCCUGCCAUAUUGGACUUAUCGUUUUCCUGACGACUCUGUUCUUACGCCGUGGUGAUCGAUGCUUCAUGAGAUACGAACCUGUUGCACAACAGCUCAAAAGCGUCAUCGAAACAGGCUUGGAGGCGGGGUAUAGCGAUCUGACGUUAUGGCUUCUUUUCAUCGGCGGUGUAUCGGUGCUUGGAAACCUGGACUCAGCGUGGCUGAAGAUGAGGAUAGUUCAGGCAGCUCGAUUACUCAAGGUGACCAGCUGGAAGGAUGCCCAAUCAUGUCUGGUUCGAUUCCCCUGGAUCAACUUGCUUCACAACGAAGCGGGAGAAGCCUUCUGGAAACAGCAAGAAGAGUUCCCGUAG